UAUUCGUCUAGGCAUUGCAUAGUUUUCAGAUGCGCCUAGAUGAUCCCCAGCUUUUAUCACCAGAAAUUAUUUGGAAUAUGUUGAUAUCUUAUCGAGAUAUCCAGGACUACCACGCAAUGGUGAAGUUAGUGGAAGAUCUUGCACAUGUCCCAAAGAAUCGCAUCACAAAUAUGCCCAAUAUUCAACAUCUUUAUGCUUUUGCAUUAAACAGACGUGACAAAAAAGGCGACAGUGAUAAAGCUUUGAAGGUUAUUCAACAGGCAAUUGAACAAAGCAAUCCACCUGUAUCUGAUAUGUUAUGUUUAUGUGGCCGCAUAUACAAGGAUAAAUUUGUUCAGUCAGAGUACACAGAUCAGAAGUCACUAGAACAAGCUAUUCAUUGGUAUAGGAAAGUGUUUUGAAGGGAU